AUGUUUCGAUGUUCAUCUUCAUCACUGCUGGUUGGUAAUAAUGUUACAUUUUCAAUAAUCUAUAAUACCCAACCAGGUGAAAACCUAUUUGUAAUCGGAUCACAUUCACAUCUUGGAGCAUGGGAUAUCUCCAGAGCUAAAAGAAUGACUUGGAAUAAUGGAUCGAUAUGGGAUGUAAAAGUAGGAUUUCCAGUGGAUGUGUUUGUCCAAUAUAAAUACUUUGUUUACAAUGAAUACACAAAAACUCACCGUUGGGAAGAUAUAGAGAAUCGACACAUCAUGAUCAAUGAAAUAGAGAUGUUGGUUCAAGAUGAUUGGGGAGUUCGUCGAGUCGAGGUUGAUACUACCGCCACCGAAGAGGUUUCCAACAAUAGGGACUAUAAAACCUUGCCCAAUGAUACCAUCGAAGUGGAUCCACUUCCCAUUUCCGUUUCAAGUCUAUAUACUUCAUCGUCUUCAACAUUAUCAGCUGUACCUAUAUUCCCAUCGACCUCAUCAGCAAUCCCUAGUUUUAAUCCACCAGCAGUCUCUGUUUUCAAUUCGAAUCCAUUGAAAUCAUUAACUACCGUUGCUCCAACAUCCAGUGUUACAUCUAAACCAUUUGCUAUUUCUUCGUUUUAUCCACCAGCUCAACAUACAACAGUUUCGUCAACACAACCACCCACCACAUCUUUUAUAAAUACUCACCACCAUCAUCAAUUCCAACAAAACAAAGAGAUUUCACCCAUUUUGACAACUCCAACAUUAAGAGGAGCAUCUUUAUAUGCCGAUGCUUAA